CAGGAAACUAAAAUCACAAGUCAGGUUUGUGUUGUAGCCGCAGGAUGGGCUCCAACAGCUCCAGCAUGAACAACAUCCCCAAUGCCCAGCAGCUCAUGCAGGAAACUGGCUUCUCUGCUGCUCACAUCCUUCGUCUGUACGAGAGGUUUGAGUUUCUGGAUAGCGACCAGAGAGGAGAGCUCAGGCCUGAGGAUUUCGGAGCAGUUCGGGAGUUGGCCUUGAAUCCCAUCGGAGACAGAAUCAUAAGUGCCUUCUUCUCUCCAGGACAGGAGACGGUGGACUUUCCCACCUUUGUGCGGGUUCUGGCUCAUUUCCGUCCCACAGAAUCAAACCGGACCAGAGAUGGAGCACAGCCGGAGCCGGCCAACAGCAGGACCAGGAAACUCAAAUUUGCUUUCCAGUUGUACGAUCAGGACAGAGAUGGAAAGAUUUCCAGAGCCGAGCUUCUUCAGGUGCUGCGGUCGAUGCUGGGGAUGCAGGUGACAGAGGAGCAGUUGCAGAGCAUCGCUGAGCGAGCCAUCCAGGAGGCCGACCUGGACCAAGACGACGCCAUCUCCUUCGACGAGUUCAGGAAGUCACUGGAGAAAGUGAACAUCGAUCACAAGAUGAGUAUUCGCUUCCUGAGAUAAAGACAUGGCUUGCUACGAGUGUGGGAUUUUCCUGUUUACGUAAAAAAAAAGACAAUCGGGCACUUCUUGUCUUCCUAAAACCUGCUAGAAGAGAUGAAAAUGGAGACAAAACCAAGUGUGAAAUGUUAUUUGUCUGGUAGAUUCAUUUUAAGAUUUGAAGAGAAACAAGAAGGAUGGAAGAGAUCAGAGUUUGCAUGGACCGUCUACACGUAACCCAAAUGUAUGACCACGUGGACGCAGACACUCUACGCAUCUUACCGUUGGUUUAUCUAUCUAUUUUACAUAAACUAAGUAAACUACAGAAAAAAUGGACAUUUUCAGCUGAUGGUGCUACAACAGAAGAAGAAAAGAGACCAUCAAAGUCAGUAGGUUUCAUGAAUGUCUGUACAUUUAAUAAAAAACCCAUCCAGUAGUGGCUGAGAUAUUUCAGUUUGUGUGUAUUCAGCUGCUAACUAAAGCCAUGAAAGCGUCCUUGUGUUGGGGAUUAUACAGUAAGUUGUCUGAGCCAACAAAAGUUUCAAAAAAUCAACCUGCUUGAUGAAAAUUCAUCAUGAACAUGUUUGCACUGUGGCUGGCUUCAGAUGAAGAACAUGUCUGUCUUCAGCCUCCACAGGACAGCAGGAAUGUUUACAGAGACAAAGAGUGGGACAAUAGAGAACUGUGGAUAUGGAGACUUUUUUGUUAGACCUGCUUGUUAUUAAAUGUUGGAAUGAUUGUAAAAGUUGGAACCGUCCACCUGCGAUAGGGUAUGUUUUUGGUUUUAGUACCAUUUAUUCUUCAAU